CAUGGGAUCAACUGCAUCAAGCAUCACGAGGAGUUGGGAUUGCCUCGAUGUCUAUCUUUUGCUCUGUGACAAGGACUUCUUUUUGGCAACGUCUUGCUUGCCUGCACGGCGCUGAUCACACAGCAGUGAACAAGCUGCGCUCAGGCUGCCAUACUAUAUGUCUCACGCUAAUUAUUCUCACAGUGGUCAUGAGACCACCUGGAGAGAAGGCAGCCAGCGAAGAGCUCCAAGUAAAUGGACGGUGUCAAUCGGUGGAGGGAACGCGUCAUAACGGUGUUCGUAUCUCCAACUUACCCUACCGAUCUGCGCUCAAGAUACACCGUGACCUCAAACAACACAGGAUGGCCGUCGUGUAUGUGUGUAUGAGCAUGCUUUCUGAUCCGUCAGAAACUGCAGUCCCUAUCAUAUCGGAGAUGCACAAUUGCCAUGAAGCAGCACUGGAAGGGAAAAAUGAACCCUCCCGCAAGUACGGUGCCAUAUUGCUUCAGAAGUCAAAGGAGACAAGGCCACUGCCAAGAGAGAAUUAAAGAAGACAUGACGCGAUAUAAGCUAGGCGUUCUCUCACUUGGAAGAUUCCGACAGACAGAAGAUCACUUCCGACUAUCUUCUAGCUCUCAGCAAGGCUUCUGUCGACGGAGAGUCUCUAUCCCGGCGAGUGCGAUGUUGCGUCCUGUAAGACCGGCCAUUCAUAUUCUAUGCGAGUGGAUCUUGAGCUUGAGCUCUGACCGUCAGACCGAAUGAAGCCUCCCAAGUAUCAUCCGAGGAUCUUCCCAAUUCGCCUACGCGUCCGGUCUUCAAAUGCCCUUCCCCGUAAACAUGCACACCGGCUCCGCUCGGAACAUCCGCGGCGAGGCGGGUCACUGGCGAAACGGUGUUCAUGCGAUGCGUCUAGUGUUCCACCUGUCCGCGGGCACAAUCACCUGUCCCCGUGUCCCCCCGACACCAUAAUAACAC